AUGGAUCUAGCGAAGCUCAAGGUGGCCGAGCUGAAGGCCGAGCUUGCGGCCCGAAACCUAGACACCAAAGGCGUGAAAGCGGUGCUGCUGGAGCGUCUCAAGGAGGCGAUCGAGCGAGAAAGCAACGCUACCACCGCCGCCGCCGUCGGUCUGAGUGGCGCGCCGCAAUUCCAAGCACAGCAUCACUUUUUGCUGCAGCAACAACAACAACAGCAGCAGCAGCAACUAUUUCUGCAGCAACAACAGCUCCAGGAGCAACAACAGCAGCAGCAGCAGCAGUUACUGCUGCAACAUCAGCAGCUAUUGCAGCAACAGCAGCAACAGCAGCAGCUACAGCAGCUACAGCAGACAUUCAAUGCAGUUCCAAGUGAAGUUCUACAAGAGCAUGAUCCCCAAGAGCAGGCCAUCGAGGAUCUUUCGAUGCCAAACAAAAGAGCGGAAACACCGGUCCGUCGCAGCCGAAGGCGUUCCAUGACACGGUCACCGUCUCCCACAAACAGUCUUGGAGAGCACACGACGCCGGCCGCGUCCCUGUUGGGUAGUGCCCGCAAGCGCGGACGCUCGCGUUCCAUGACGAAAUCACCCUCCCCUCAGCGGCUGGCGGAAGCAGCCUCAUGCCUUGAAGCGGUGCAAGAGGAACCGGAACCACCAGUAACAGUGGCAGUGGCAGAUGAGCGGCUCGACGCCCAGAUGGAGCUUACUGACACCGUGUGGCCCGAAGUAAAAGGCGAAGAUAGCAACGAGCAAUCUUUCGAUGCUUUCGUGGCCGCCGACCACACUCAGCUGCUGUCGGAGAAGAGUGAAGACACGCUGGGUUCUUCGGUGCCGGAUGCGGAACCAGUUUUCGCAAUGGACACGGAAGCACCGGAAGUGAAACCUCCUUCAUCGUUGCUGGGCGAGGAUGACGUGCGGCGUGACGAAAAUCAAGAGGCGGAGGAUCCGCUGGCAGCAGAUGAAUCGUCUAAUGUAGCCACCGAGGAUGAAGUUAGCCCCCUACCACCAGCAGAAUUGGAACAGGUGAAGGUGGAGCUUAAGACAGAAGUCGACGAAGGGGACGAAGACCAGACAGUCGAACCGCAGGAAGCGGACGAAAAGGUGCUGAAAACGGAACCAGAACCCGCUGCUAGUGGUGGCGAAGAGAAGGGAAAGGAAUCAUCCGAUGCCGGCAACAAGAAGCAAACGCAGCAUACCAAUACCAUCGAGUUUCUGUCGGAAGAGAUCGAGCCGCAACUGGCGGAUGAGUCGAGCAAAGCACAAUUGAGUUGGUAUGAUUCCGAUAUUAACCUUAUGGUCAACCCGAAGGAUUGCCUCUCUGCUAAACCGCUCUCCGAUGGCAUCUUCGGUUUAGUGUGGGGUGGGGCACGCGCUAACCGCGGAUUUGCUGGCGGGCGAGUAUUCUACGAAGUAUCAGUAGGCGAUGAAUUGCAGCCCGCCACUCGCUCACCGUUCGUACCGGAGGGCGAAGAGUGCACACCGGAAAUUCGGAUAGGUUGGUCGAAGCUGGCCGACGGUAAACGAAAUCUGGGCGAAACGGCGUGUUCGUUUGGAUACGCCAGCAGUGGACAGAAGGUUAGCGGUGGCACCUUCGAGGAGUACGGUGCAACCUUCGGCAAGCAUGAUGUCGUCGGUGCCUACUUGGAUAUGGAGUCGCAACCGUGCAGCAUUCAAUUUACGCUCAACCGAGUACGCCAGGGAGCAGCUUUCGAGUUUGAAAAGGACAGCCUCGACGGUGCGGCACUAUUCCCGCACGUUUACACGAAAAAUUUAUCGUUCAAAAUUAACUUCGGAACCGUCCAGGAAGGGUUCCCGUUGAAGGUGCCGGAAAAGGUCACCGUUGCUAAGGAAGAGUCCGAUAAAGCUUCGGACGAUAAAGCGGACGCCGAUUCGUCGAAGGACGAAUCGCAGAAAAGUGCUGACCCAGAGGCCGAGGUGGUAGAGAAAGAAUCGAAGGCUGAGGCUGAAGAAACCCAGGAGAAGGUGGCUGCUGCUGUUACUGACACUAGCGACGCUGUAGCCACGGACGCCGGGGACGCUGCAGCCAUGGACGCCGGGGACGCUGCAGUCACGGACGCCGGGGACCCAGUAGCCACCGAAAGCGUUCCAUUCGACCCAGAGUUUCACUUCUGCGAUCGUUUCAUUGAAGAAAACGCUGAGCUGAUUGUUGAAGGACUGAAAGGACCACCGACGAGAGACUGUUGUGAGCUAAUAAUGAUGAUUGGGCUACCGGGAAGCGGCAAAACGCAUUGGGUGGAAAAUUAUCUUCGUGAAAAUCCCGAAUCUUCGUUCACCGUGCUGAGUGUCAACAGUUUGCUUGAGAAUAUGAAGAUCCUGGCACAGCCCCGCGAACCUUCCAACACACCGCAGUGGCAGAAGGUGAUUGAGCAGCUGACCCGGAACAUUGGCCGGUUGAUUGAAAUCGCUUGUAAGCGUCGCCGUCAUAUUCUCGUUGAUCAGACGAACGUCUUUUCUUCGGAGCAAAAGCGCCGCCUGAGAGGAUUCGGUGGCUUCAAGUCACGGCGUGCGGUCGCAGUCAUCCCGAGCGUGGAAGAGUACAAACGGCGCUACGAAGAGAAGGUUGCCAAGUACGGCAAGGAAGUACCUGACACGAACCUCAACACCAUGAAGGCAAACAUUUUUGUGCCAUCAGCCGAGCUAAAGCUAUACACGGAGAUCAUGUUUCCCGAGUUGCCCGACACCGAGGCACGGGAAAUGAUCAAAAAACUGAACGAGGAAGGCAGGAAGUUGAUACCUCCGCGGCGCCAACGGGGCAACCAGUCGAACCGGAACCACCACAAUCAGAAAAACAGUGGAAGCUCGAACUCCUCCAACAGCUACACUUCGCGAUGGAACCACAAUCGUUCGCAGGGCCAGUACGCCAACAAAACGAACCGGUACGGCAGUGGUUCGGGGGGUGGUGGCGGUAGCGGCGGCAGUGGCUACAAUCGGUACGGUAACAAAUCGAACGACAGCAGUCAGUACCAUCACCAGCAUCAUCGCGCCGGUGGCGAUUAUCGUAGUGGCGGAGGCAACGGCUACGGCCGCCGGGAUGAUCAGCAGCGCGGUGGCGGUGGAUAUGGCGGUGGUGGUGGUGGUGGUGGCAACCGUUAUGACUCGUGGUCACGCAACAGUGGCGGGUAUUACAAUGAUCGUGGUUAUACGAACCGUGGCUAUCAGCAACAGCAGCAGGAUCAUUCCAACAAUCGAUACGAUGCGCGACGUCGCGAUCGUCGAGGAUACAAUAGCUCGGGAUGGAACGGUGGGCACGGUGGCCAGCAGCAACAGCAGCAGUGGAACAACUACGGCGGCAACUCGGGCACCUCCGACACUUGGUACAGCUGGUGGCAGUCGAACUUGAAGAACUUGCUGCACCAGGGCGGCGGACAGAAUGGGGGCAGCGGCGGUGAUCAGUCGGGGUCGUCUUCGGGCGCGUACUGGAACCAGCAGUACGGCCAGCAUCAGAAUGCAUCGUCCUCGUACGGGAACUACCACUCGAAGGGGGGUUCUGGGGGCUCCAGCAAUAUCGGAUCAAACUGAGGCGCAACGACGACGACGAGCUGGUGUCCCCCCCUUGCCUAGCCUAGUUCUGUGCAAGGGUUUGGCUCCUCUUCGGUUUGGCCACUUUUCGUUUGCCGGCACCAUUGAAAAUGUUCGUCUUUUUUCUUAUUUUUAAUCUUCCCGCCCGACGCCCCUAAACAAAUAUUUAACUUGUUGUAGAGUAGUGUAGUUUUAAUGAAACUUUUUCAUCGCUCGAGAACCACACACAAACACACAACAUCUACGCCUGGAGGCCAACCGUGAACCGUGAAAGCCGUUCGUGUGUUGGCGGCGGCGGACACGCGACGCUAGUUUUGUGCUAGCUCUAGAAUGCACAGGAUUCGAACAGCGAACAUGUAAGAGAGGCACCCAAAUCACACCGAAACCGAUAGCGGAUAGAGACACGCCGCCGCGCGAGACCUGACCCUUGUGUACUUUAUCUGUAUAAUGUAUGUUUUCUUUGAAUACGAAUACCUAAGACAACUCUCAAUGCAAGGCGCUUGAGGAUGGACUGGAUGGCGGAUAAUCACUGGCGUUUUACCUGUAGCGGCACCGAUAAUCGGUACGUCGUUGUGUUGUUUUUCAUUUUACGGAUUUUUUUAUGUAAUUCCCCGCGCUUGAGAGUGCAUGCUUUUGCGAAAGAAUAGGAAAGCCAGCCCUCUGAAGAGUUCUGUUUGAUCCUUUUUUUUAAUGAACGUAUCGCGAAUAGUUACGGUUGAGUUUAGGUUAAGCUUAUCGGUUAAGCUUAUGGCCUGUAGAUGUAAUGCGACGCCACCAUCGCGACUGUCCGACCCACUCAUCGCUCAUAACAAUUCAUUCGGCGAAGCGCCGCCGAGCUUACUGUUUUCAUCUUUCGUUGGUGUUAUGCCACUCCGUCUUUUACUACUGCUAGCCAGCAUCUCAUUAACUUUUUACGGUAGUACAUGAAUAAACAGUAGUAGUAAUCCCCCCCUAUACAAACAUUAUACAUAUAUAUAUAUAUAUAUAUAUAUUAGCAAACCAGAACUUCGAUAGCGAAUACACUGUGCGUGUGUUGUGUGUGUUCCGUUUAGAGAUGAUUAGUGUGAGGUUGGAAAGGACGGUCAGAACAGAGGCGCAAAAAGCGGUCCGCGACAAACUGAUACCUGUAGAGAGAUUCAACACACUAAACGAACGAUUGAGAGUGGGAUUAAUUGAAACAAUGGAUUGCUAUAUUAUGAAAUCACAUACAAACCACAAAAACACACACAACUUUUGGCGUGCUCUAUUCUUAAAUUAUUAAAGUAAUGUUCAUUCUUAAAACAAAAAAGCAAAUGCAGCAACAUUGCAAGCAGCAAUGGGGGACAGUGAAUAUCUAUGAAUUGAAAUGACAAAAAUAAACAAGAAGUAAUAAACAAACUAAACCACGCGCCUCCUACCUUACAUAGAACCCCCCGUGGGCUGUGGCCGGGCGUUAAGUGGCAGCCGGAAAGGGAUGUGAAUGCACUUGGUCCUCGUUUCCGUUUGUGUGAGUGUGUGUAUACUUAAGGUAUCAAUAAAGAACA